CCGCGCGCUCCCGAGAAGCCAAUCCACGCGCGGCACCGCCCGGCGCCGCCGCCAACGGUCGCGCGAGUGACGGUUGGGGAGGGGCGCGACCGCGGCGAGCGGAGAACCUGAGCCGCCGCCCGGCCCCCGGAAUCCGACGCCGGGAGCCCGGGAUUAGGGGUGGGCGGUUGGCGGCGCGCCCAGCCAGGUGUGCGGGACGGAGCGACGGCGCGGCAGCCAUGGUCGCCGCGUCGCUGCUCCGCUGUCUGCCCAGAGCGCGGGCCGCCCCCGCCCAGCUGCUGCGGGCCCCACGGCGUGGGCACCGGCUCACCCCGGCUGACGACGAGCUCUACCAGCGCACGCGAAUCUCUCUGCUGCAGCGCGAGUCCCCGCACGCCGUGUACAUCGACAGCUACAGCAGCCGCGGCUUCACGGUCAACGGAAACCGCGUGCUGGGGCCCUGCGCGCUGCUCCCGCCCUCGGUGGUGCAGUGGAACGUCGGGUCCCACCAGGAAAUCACGGAAGAAAGCCUCUCUCUCUUCUGGAUGCUGGAGCCCCCAAUAGAGAUUGUUGUGGUGGGCACUGGUGACCGGACCGAACGGCUGCAGGCCCGGGUGCUGCGAGCCAUGCGGCAGCGCGGCAUCGCUGUGGAGGUGCAGGACACGCCCAAUGCCUGUGCCACUUUCAACUUCCUGUGUCAUGAAGGGCGAGUGACUGGAGCUGCUCUCAUCCCCCCACCUGGAUGGGCCACUCCCCCACCUCCAGCCCAGGCUGCAGGCGGAACCAGCGGGCACUGACGCCUCGGCAGAGCUCAGGGCUGCCGGCGCCUUGGAGCAAUGUCACUUUGUUCCACUUGCCGCUGAAUUAAUGACUUAAUCCAC